UUAUAUCUCAAAUUUACAUCAUUGUUUUCAAGUAUAUUGAUUACAACACUGCUCCGACUCAUCCCAAAUGCAUUGAAGUUGCUUGUUCACUCAAUGUUAUUUUAAAAGACGUUUGUUUACUAUUUUGUCAGACGACCUAACCCUACUUUGGAUUCCAAGCUUAGAUACCAGUUUCAUUCAUCUUUGUUGAAUUUACUUGAAAAUAUACCCGAGUUUUACUAUUUUGAUCACCUAGGAAAAGAACAGUAAAGAAUUGAGUAUAAGGAAUCCUUGACAAACCCAAAAUUUGGCUAGUGAAGUGGAGAACAAUGUUAAUAGUGUGUUUCUGGUCUGCUCAAAAUUCUAUGACAUUAUCCAGACAGAGGCCACUUGUUAAUAAAGUGAUAUUAUUCAUUUACCAUGUGGAAUAUGGACAGAUAAUUUGUAUUUUAGACUGUUUGUAUUCCUGUAAUUUUUACUUUAGGCAGUGGGUAGUUGAUGAUAAAUUUUUCUAUAAAGAAUCAGAUCAUGGGGGACUAAGGACUAAAUGGACGAAUUUAUUAGUUUGGGGGGAUUUAUUAACGUUACCUAAUAUUGAAGGAACAGCAACUAUAAAAUUUAUCACCAAGUGUUAUUCGCCAAGUUGUCACUUGCCUACUGUAGAAGGAACAUCACUUACAAAGGGCAAUAUGCACUGGAUUAAUUAUCCCUACUCCAGAAUUCACAGAUGUAUCCGAUGGACUUGCCUACGACCGUCUCUACCCCCCCAACUUCGAGCUGCCUCGACAACUGGUGGACAUGCAAUCUUUUGCUAUGGAUCAAGAAAUUCCUGAUUACGAUAUGGAUUCCGAAGAUGAGUUGUGGUUCAGCUCACAAAAGAGUAAACUUGAAAUUACUCCCCUCAAGUUUGAAGAAAUGAUGGACCGUCUAGAAAAAGGCUCGGUGCAAACGGUGCUCUCAGAACAACAGGCAAAGGCCCUCCUCAAAGAUGACGAUGACCUAAUAUUAACAGUUUAUGACUAUUGGCUCAACAAACGGUUGAAAACGCAACAUCCUCUUAUACCAUCAGUUCGAACAGAGCAUCAUCAUGGUACAGCACCAAACAAUCCGUACAUUGCGUUCCGCCGCCGAACUGAAAAAAUGCAAACUCGUAAACACCGUAAAAAUGAUGAGACAUCGUAUGAGAAAAUGUUGAAACUCAAACGAGACCUGAGUAGAGCGGUUACUCUUUUGGAGAUGAUAAAGAGGAGAGAAAAGACUAAACGGGAAGUACUUCACUUGACAGUGGAAGUUUUUGAGAAAAGGUAUCAAGCUGGAGACUUCUCUGGCCAGUUACUUGCUGAGGUGUCUGCUCACAAACCUUGUUCACGACCAGCUUUUGCCCCACUGUUCCCGAAUCAGUUCUCAGUCAACCAUCAAAAUUGGCCCCCCAAGGGUGUAAUUAAGAAGAAAACCCUAAAGAAAUGUGAUAUACAGAAUGAGUGGGUUAACUUGUCUAGAUAUCGGUACAUAUCUAAAGAACUACUUCCAGUAUUAAAUUUGCCAAGGCUGGAACAUAAUAACGUCCAGGAACAACAUGUAGUGCAUGAAGGAGUUAAUAUAGAGGAAGAAAUAACUGAGGAUGAACCUCUGCCCCGAAAAGAAAAACGUCAAUACAAAAAGAGGAAGCACAAAGUUCCACUUGCUGUUGCGGGUGGUGUGAGCGGCACUGCAGGAUUAGGACGCCGGACGUCUGGAACUGCUUCAACAGCUGCUUCUGCAACGGGUCUCACAACAGCUGUAUGUGCAGAAAAUUUGGAAAUAGAUGGCUUAAGUUCCGAUGAAGGUGAAGCGUCUGCUGGAUUAUUGUCGGGUGCUGCAGUUUCUGAUGAUGAUGAUUCAGGAGCAGAUGCAGCAGAAGGACCAUUUGCUUUUCGGCGGCGCAAAAAUUGCAGUUACCAUGCACCACUUCCACAAGGGCAAGGCAAUUGGCCAUGGUGUAGUCGGGAAGAAGGUGGUUUGGCUGAUCGUCGGUACCGUUACUGUUUGACGUCUGUAACAACACCAACUCCUGGACGUUGUGUAGGUUUUGCACGGCGGCGUUUGGGCCGUGGGGGUCGAGUAAUACUUGAUCGUGCGUAUACACCCAUGGAUGAUGUGUUUCGGUCGCUUGACUUCACAAUUUUUGAUUCGAAAGAUAAACAAAAAGUGCAACAAAGGUCUCCACUAAAGCAAUGGCCACAACCUCAACCGAAAAAGGUAUUAAUCGGAAAACCUCAGUUAAAGCGAAUGCAGACGACGCAUCUCCCAUCUGGAGAAAUUCGGACUUCCCAUCCAUUGUUACAAUCUCAGACUGCAGGCCAUCAUGUAGAUACAAAAUAUGAAAUAUCUUCGAUUAAACAACGUCGACUAGAUCAGAAUCGCCCUGAGGAGCAGCAACCUAAUGAAUUUCAUCUCAGACCCAAGCCUGAUCUUCCUCUCCACAACACUAACGUGUUUCGAGAUCAGCGUCAGUCACACAUCAAAGAUCAGUCUUCAUGGCAUCAGCUUUCCGAAGAAGAUAGACGAAAAUAUAAAUCCGGGAUUCAGGCAAAUUGGUUUCAAACUCUUGAAGAUAGAAAAUCUCGAAGUGCUGAUCGAGAGAUACGGACGCAUUCACGAUAUCAGACGUCAGAAGAACAAGUGUCAGGUCAGCAGCAGAAACAUCCAUCUGAAACACGCAGUGAACCAAACCCAGGUCAACAUUUGGAGGAAUCAAAACCAUUUAUCCAGGAGCUCUGGGAAGAUCAAGAAAAUGAAGAUGAUCUUCUUUUGUCUGAGAUACGUAAUGAGCUUCAUUUUCGACCAGAAACACAAAGCGUUAUGGAUUUGGGUGCUUUACGUUUUGAUGUAGAAGUGCCAAACGGUGGUUCCCCUACAGAAAUGAGUGUACUUGAUAUCCUAUGCAACAUGCCUGGAAAUAUUAUGGACACAAGUGAAGUAGACACAUCAAAUAGUUGGGGAAGUGACGGGCCGGAAUCUAUCCGUGAAGAUGCAGCCACUCAAACUGUUCGACAAACAGUAGCAUCGCAUCAGGCCUAUGUUGAUCAUUGUAAACAAAACGAAUCUCGUGCUGUUUCAGAUGAUCUUUUAUAUGUUGGUUGCUCACAGUUCAAUGUGUAUCCAGGGUCAGGUGCACUGAAAACUAGUCCCCCACAGUUGUGGGCCACCAUCUCAGCUACCCCUCACCCUGCACCAGGGCCUGGCCGACCGCUAAGUGCUUCCUCUGCUGCUCGGGCUACACAUCAGCAUCGGAAACAAGAACGCCACCAUCAAGGUUAUCUCUUUAGUACAGGAGGCACUUCUUCUGCUAGCAAUCCUCAGCCUCUAAGCAAUGGAGUAAGCAUCAUACCAGUAUCAGUGUCUGCAGUUCUAUCGGCAAAUCCUGGUCUCUUGAGACAAGGCCUUAGCAAUGGACCGGCUGGGCCGAUGUCAUCUACUGGUGCAGUUGGGGUGCCAACUGGCAGAAGACGUACGAUUCCUGUUUUUAUAAAGCAAGAAGUAGUGGAGGAAUCUGUGGAUGUUCCAAAUGAAACAUUUAAUUGUGUGAAUUAUGGUGGUGGGGCUGGUUCCUCACUUGGGGAUACUACUGCAUCUGGCCUUCGUGUAGCAUCAGCUACUGGAGAUGCUGGCACGACAGCUACAGCAGCUUGCGGGGAGCAACAAAAGCUGAAAAGCAGUAAUGCAUCCCAGCAGCACGUUAAUGGUGUGAACGGACUAACUGUGCCAAACUGCUCCUGUCAUCAAGAUGAUACCAGCCAGUUUGCAAGUGCUUCAGCUGGAUUGUGUGAUACAGACAGGACAGUCGGGGGACAAGGUGCAUUGUGCAUCUCAAAACUCAAUACUUGUGUAUUAAGCACAUUAAAAAUUUAAGUUUUCUAUGAAAACGUCCAUAAUAUAUAAUUGCAUCCUUUUUUUAUUAGAAAAAAAAAGACUAUAUACACUCUUAAAUUGUAUACUAGAUUAGCAGUGGUAAAAUCGAGAGGGGAAAGGGCUCCCAGUGUAAUAUUUUGGUAUAUUUACAAACUACAAAAUUUAUAUUGUCCCUUCCCAUGUUUUAAGUGUACUGCAGUCUGUGGUUCUGUGGACCACGUCCAUAAAUUUGCUAAUUUUGCCGAUCUUUAUUGUAUGUCACAACCAUUGUGCAAACCUUCCCCUCAGCUGCUGUUGGCAUGAAUACCUGAAGGCUAGUUAUGGAGGUUCAUUCCCUGCAUUGUCUAAUCCUGUAGAAAUUUAAAAAACAAAAUGCAAAAAAAUUCCCAACAAGAUGUAACAACUUAUGCUACUGUCUACAGACUAGCAGAAAGUCCAAGCAGCAGAACACGUGUGUCAGUACCUUUUUAGGGGAAAGCUUAUAUCAUAAAAGACCAAUGAGUAAUUACUGUGAAAUAAAAUAUUUAUCUCUUGGGCUAGAAAUGUGCGAUAUUUAUCAGGUGCAAUCCACUUCACGCUUUUGCGAGGUGUGUUUUAGUAUCUAAUAGGAAGAACGCUCUCAGGAUAGUUUGUAGCCUCUCCACUUGUGCAAUACAUUGCAUUCAAGAACUGGAGUAUUAUCCUUGCAAUCCUGCCAGGGACUUUCUCAUGAUCUAUGGACAGUAAGACACAGGCAAGAAUUUGAAGUGCAUCAUAACUAUCUCAUUUUUAUUGUAUAAUAAUUGUGAUUACUGUAUUAUUUCAUUUAUAAGACAGCCUAAUUUGUGACUAGUUUCGUAAUGUAUGUUCAGGAUCUGAAUUUUGAAAUGUACAGUUCUUUAAAUAUAAUGCCAUGCAAGGGUCUGGACCCAUUAUUGGAAGAGUAUCAAAUAAUUUUGUACUAUGAUGUUUUACCGUACUUUCCUGUUGAAGAAUGAAUAGUCAAGGUUUAAUGAAUCCCCAGACCGUCACAUGUGUGCAUGUAUGCACAUAUGCAUAUAUGCAUGUCUGUUCUUUGUUGCUAACUUCAGCUUUCAAGAAAGAGAGAAUCCUCCUUUUCAGUUUAAAAAUGGGAUAUUACAGGUUUAUACAUACCUGUUUCGACUACUCCAUUAAAAAUCAGAUUAAUCUUUUGAACACCUAAUCCAAUUUGGGGUUUUGUGAAGUUAUAAAAAUAUAUCUUUUCCGUUCUUGUUACUCCAAAUACCGUUACUAUAUGAUUUGGUGUAAAAGCAAUGAUAUUUUGCAACUAUUUUCAUUUUAUUGGUUGCUAAACCGAGAUGUCUCUUCCACUACACUUCCUUUUCUCCUUUUCAUACGUUUUAUGAUGUUGAAAACAUUUGAGAAAAUAAUUUUGUUUUUUUAAACUUAUUAUGACUUUUUUGAAUAAUGUCUUAUUUUGUGAUUUAAUACAGUAAGUACAUAAUGCAGUCAUUUUUCUUUAGUUGGCAGAAAACUAAUUUCUUUGAGUGAUAACCAGCCCAUUGAUCAGCGUAGAAUACAACACGCAAGCAUGUUGGUUAUAUUUCUUAUUUAACCACUGCAAGUGUUUUGAUAGUGAAUCUAUUGAUCAGUAUUGUUGAUGUGAUAAUGUGGAGGGUAAAUGGCAGUUGUCUUGGCCGACAUAUAUUCAACAGAAAUGUUUGUCAUAUACGUAUUUUUCUUUCAUUUAAAAUCUGAAAUUGUGUUUCUAAUGUUCAGUUUAUUUCUUCAGUGAUGUGAAGAACAGUGUUGCGAUGUUGCACAGAUAAUGUAUCUGAAUUGCAAUUAAUCCUUUUUCAGAAGUUUCAGAUUUUAGUUAUUAACAUUCUCCAUCAAGUCAAGUGGAUUAUGUGGUAACAUUUUCCGUGAAUUAAUGGUAUUUACCAAACAUACAAUCUUAGAAUGUAUAUUUCUGCAAUUUCUGUGUUAAUAUAAUGAUAUACCUGCCACCUAAUGAGAAAUGUACUAAAUAAUACCAAGCAAAUUAUUUUUGGUCCCAAGAAACUAACUACAGUUUUUGUGAAAUCCUGCCAAAAUGUAAUAUUUGAUUUGUUUUAUUUUUUAAAAUUUAUUAUGUAAAUGGAACCUAUUGAACAUUGACAAAAUGUUGAAUGCUGUAAAAUUCUUAUAAUCCAGGUCAUGACUUCCUAGUUGAUAUUAAAAAUUUAUAAGUGAUGUGGGCAAAGUAACAUGAUGUCCAUGGAGAUUGUGUCAGCCGGACUUGUUUCUGAACUUGUUUGUUGACAAGUUGAAAUAAAUAAUGGAAUAACUGAAACCGUUGACGUAUUUUUUAAUUAAAUAUUUUACAUUUGAAAUAAUAUUCUUUUAGAAAAGUUAUAAUUUUUAUUUUUAUACAUUUAAUCUUUUAUUUAACAAUUGUUUUGCAAUGAAAAAACUCCAGUUAGGUGAUUUUUAUUUUUGUGACUUUGGAUUGUUGCAAUUUUACUGCAUUAUUUCAAUGCAAUGUAUAACACAUAGCUUGCCAGUCUCAUACAUAUUGAUAGUUCCCUAGUUAUGGAAUGCUAUGGUAUUCCUAUUUCUUUGACCCUUAAUUCCCUCGCAUCAUGAGCCUGUGCUAUUUUAUGCCAAUUGUCAUACAUUUGUAAGUAGUAAACACACUUUGACUUCUUCCUCACCUCUCCCAGUUCUUCACGACCCAUAUGCCACAAUCUAGUUUUUGUUUAAUGUUUGUUUGUUGUAAUUUAUUUCUAGUAACACGAAUUGAAUGGUGUUGUUGAAUGUAUGAUAGCGAUAUUGGCAGCAGUUUUCAUUAAUAGGACUGCUCAAAGGUGUUCCUAAACGUCUUUUUUCACGCUGUCUUUCAGUACUACCAGAUCCUUAAUAUCAGGGAGAUGGUAAAGCGUGUGUGAACGCUGAAUUGUGAUAUCCAACUUUCAAACUUUGUUUUGUGAUUUAAAAAACAUUGUUAGACGCAUUUGCUCUUGUGCAAUAAGCCGUACCCAGGGUCUCUCUCCUGUAGAUGCUGGCCAGGUCAGGAUGAGAAAGUUCAUUGUAUUUCUGAUCUCCCAUUACACAUAAGUCGAUGGUAGUGGGAGGUUUUUAUGAGAAAAUGUUUGUAUAUGUGUGCGUAUGGUUACUUGUAUAUAAUCAUGCAUGUGUAUAUGCUUUUUUAGCAUGUGUGAGUAUGUAUAUUUUGCAAAAGUGUAAAUUGUUUUAUGGUGCAAUUGGGGGCCCAUAGAUAGUACUGAGCACUAGAUUGGUUGCGUGGAAUUGCGUUAUGUCAUUCAAAUACAUUCAGGACUGAACAUACAAAAUUUUUUCUAUUUAAUACUAAUUCACAUAAUUAGUAACAUGUGGGCAAGUAUACUUUUUGGGUUUAAAGAUGCUACUGUUAGAGCUGGCUCUGAGUUACACAAUAUUGUAUUUUUAUCUCUUUCCCCACAUCAAAUGCACAACUUAUGAAGAAUUACAGUAGAGUCUCAAUUAUGGCAAUUAGAACUACAAUCUCCCAUUCACUGGUGUAACUGGUGAAGUUUGUUUUGAAGUUUUUUAAUGUAGUGACUUGAUUUGAUGAGGUAAGAUUUAUUCGACUGAUUUGAAGCUACUAAUAUAAAUGGCUUUUGAAUGUACCCUAUUGAUUGUAUUGAAUUUUUACACUUCCAAGUUCUGUAUAGAAACAUAAUUUUAGAAAGUCUGUUGUGGAUUAUAAAUUUUAGGGGAGGUAAACUUUUUGAUAUGGUUGAAAUGCAUUCAUUUUUUUAAAAUUGGACUUAUUUUGAACUAAUUAUCGAGAAUAUGUUCAAUGUUGAAUGAUUGUUAAUUGGAAUAUCAUUUUUUACAAACUGUUUUUUGUAAAUGUGCAGGUCAUAUCUUUAGAAUGUUAUGUUACAUGUAGUUGGUAAUUUACAUUACUGAUGCACAUUUUUUAAGUUUUAUCAUGUUUGCAUAAUAGAGUUGAUCCUGAGUUUGUUUAGUGAAACUUAAAUUUUAUUUAGGAAAAUUGAACUUUCUUAUGAACAGUAUAUAGUAUUUAUCUUGACUGAAAAAAAAAAAAAGUCAUGGUUUUGUACUUCAUUGUCUUCCAAUUUCAUGAGAAAUCUAUAUUUUGUUGUAAUAAAACUUACAUCAGUCUAUCUUAAUAUUUUACGCAUUAUGUUUAAGAAAACUAACUAAUUUAUGACAUGGAGUAUGAGUAUGUAGAAAAUAAGUACCUGGACAUCACUUCUCAUAGAUAACCAAAUUUUGAAGGCUGAUCACCUGAAAAAGAAAGCAACUAAAUUAAUGAUCAUAUAUUUUUAUGAAUACAGUAGUUUCUUUGAUGAGAAAAUUUACUAAUUCUUUGCAUUAAAACAGUAUUUUUCACUUCUAAAGUUUGUGUUACGAAUGAGUGUUUUAAAAUAACAUGUAAGUGGAAAAUUUGUUGCACUUGCUUUUUUAAGUAGCAGGUCUAGUGCACAUAGAAAUUGAAUACCCAGUUGAUACAGAAAGUGUGGGGAACAAAUGAUCUUAGAAACUGCUAAUAUUUAUUUGUGGUAUUGAAUACUGUUUUUUAGUGUAGUUGAGACUCUGCUGUAUUUCUUUUUAUUGAUGAAGAUUGUUCUCAGUUUGUAUAAAUUGUUUUAAAGAGAGCUGCUUUUUAAACAAAUCAUUUUUAAAUAGUUUGCACCAAGUAUUUUGGUGCUAAUUGUCUUUAAACUCCCCUCGUGUGAUAUUUCAAAUAUGUAAUUUUUUUAAUUAGUUAGUACACAUUUUGAAUAGGUAUAAAUGAAAAUCGUCUUAUUCAGGGAACAGUUAUUAUUAGUUAUCAGGUAAUAAUAAUAAUAAUAAUAAUAAUUCACAAGAGUGAACUUAAACUGCAUAUUGAAUAGAAGCAAUUUUUAACUCUCAAUUACAGUAUUAAAUUAUGUGGUAGUAAGAUAAUUGUUCUCAUCAAAAUCACCCAUUUUUAGUAGUGUCAUGACAAAUGGAUUGCAAGAAUGAAGAAUGCAGUGGAAAUCCAUUUUAAUAUUGCAUUUUCAUGAGGAAGAAAACAAGGAAGUUGAGUUUGAGAAUUGUGAUUGGGUGGUUGUAAUAAAAAUUAAAAAUAAAAACAAACUGUAUCUCUCUGCUGUUCAGUAUGAUUGUGUAAUAUAUGCAUUCGUUGCAUACUACAAAAUAUUCAAGGCCAUGGGUUCUAUUAUUGGGUGUAUUUUAUUUUAUUUGUUUUUUAGAAUAGAAAAGCUCGUUUAAAAUAUUAAUGCUUUAAUUACUGCUAUUGCCAUAUAAAUAUUUGAGCAAUGUAGUGUAUGAAAGUAAAUGGUGCAAUGUCAUGACAUUGCUAGAAAUGGGAAAUCUCAUUUAAAAUUUAUUUAUAAUUUUCCAUAUAUUUAUAGUAAUUUAUUUUAAGAUCUGCACAGAAGUUUGAGUAGGGCAUUAUUUUAUUGAGAACAGUUAUUUUAAAGGUUUGUUUUGUUGAUGAUUUGUGACCAAAGACAGCUAUCAGUUCUUCCCUUUUAGUUUUAAAUACAAUAAUUUCAAUUUGAUACAAUAAGUCCUGUUUAUAUUUGAACGUCAGAGUACAAGAGUUCAAUGAGAAUUGUGGAGUCUUGAAGGAAGAAUGCAUUGAGUAGUAUGCUGCAUGGUGCUGAUAACGGUGUGAUUGUGUUCUUCCUUCAAGAUUCUUGUUGCCAAAAUUUAGACACAUUGUGUUUUAUUUAGGCUCACGAAAUAUUUUGUUCGUUCUUUUACAUUGUAAGUUAAUGAUCUUGUCCACAUUCCUUGUAGUUUUAAUUUGCCUGUCUUGCAGUACAAUGAAAUGUAACUUGAUUUACGUGUCUCUCUGAAAAAGGCAUGUUUUAUAUAGACAAAAAUGUAAUGAAUCAGUAUAUUAAUAGACAAGAAUCACAUGUCAAAUUAACACAAUGAUCAUGUUUUGAAGAAAAAAUGACACAAGUGUUCUUGUAUAUUUCCAAUUUUAAACAGCUUGGUUUUUGAAGGAUUUCUGCUAUUCCUCAUCAGUUUCAUAUACAAAUCAUUGGUUGACGUUAAUUUGUUCUGAUAUAUGAGAAAACUCAUUCAGUAUUUUAUUCUUGGUAAAAUUAAGAGAAAGUUUCUUCACUUAUAUUUUUAAUGUUUUGAAAAUGUAAAUCCAGCCUGAAGCUUGAAAGCAUUUAAGUGUGGUUUUUCACAGAUAAUGACUUUGUAUUGACUUCAUGUACUUUUAUUGAAAUGUAUUGGAAUGUAAGCCUUUCAAAACCAAGCUGCCUCAGUUUUGUUUUGAGGAGCCUAUGUAACUAUCCCUAAAUUAAUUUUGUAAAAAAAAAAAAAAAAUAUACAUC